CAAAGCUCCUAUUUCAUUUCAGUGGCCAUUCCAGUCAUCCUCAAUAUCCCCUUCUUAUUCUUCUUCUUCAAGUCAGCUAGAGUGAGAGAGAGAGAGAGUUUCAAUGGCGCUACCGGUUGUUGACACAGAGUACCUGAAAGAGAUCGAAAAAGCACGUCGCGAUCUCCGUGCUGUCAUCGCUUACAAAAACUGCGCUCCUAUCAUGCUCCGCUUAGCGUGGCAUGAUGCAGGAACGUAUGACAAGAACACGAAAACAGGAGGUGCUAAUGGUUCGAUAAGGAACGAAGAGGAGUGCUCUCAUGGUUCUAAUAAUGGCUUGAAAAUCGCUAUCGAUUUUUGCGAGGAAGUGAAGGUGAAACAUCCGAAGAUUACUUAUGCAGAUUUGUAUCAGCUAGCAGGCGUUGUUGCAGUCGAGGUCACUGGAGGUCCGACCAUUGAUUUUGUUCCUGGAAGAAGGGAUUCAAAUACUUGUCCCAAGGAAGGGCGACUUCCAAAUGCCAAACUAGGUUCACCACAUUUGAGGGACAUCUUUUAUCGGAUGGGCCUGUCUGAUAAAGAUAUCGUGGCACUUUCUGGAGGUCAUACCCUGGGAAGAGCACAUCCAGAGAGAUCAGGUUUUGAUGGCCCCUGGACUCAGGAACCUCUAAAGUUUGAUAACUCAUACUUUGUGGAACUAUUGAAAGGGCAGACAGAGGGGUUGUUGAAACUUCCAACAGACACUGCUUUAUUGGAUGACCCGGACUUUCGUCCUUAUGUUGAGCUGUAUGCUAAGGAUGAAGAAGCAUUCUUUAGAGACUACGCUGCCUCGCAUAAGAAGCUAUCAGAACUGGGGUUCACUCCAAGGUCCUCUGUAGUCAAGGUAAAGGACAGCACUGUACUAGCACAAAGUGCAGUUGGAGUAGCAGUUGCGGCAGCUGUUGUGAUCCUUGGCUAUUUUUAUGAAGUUCGCAAAAAAAUGAAUUAGACAUUGCCUGACCUUCUAUGUAUUGUUAUUUUCUCUUAAUAAAUCUGUGGCAAUUUACUUAAUUUUUACAGCCCACGAGCUGAAUUCUAAGUGUUUGUACCCAAUAAUAGCAAAAAACUCCCUCUUUACUCAAUACAACCAAAUCCCAUUCCAUUGCAAA